AUGUUAGCUGAACUGCAGGCUCUGUUCCCCGAAGGGAGAGACCACGGAAGCAUUUACAAGCUCAGCAAGCCGGAAGCGCAGAUUUUCUGGAGAGACACGUGGGGCAGCCGGAGCCUGGUAUCCUGGUCCGAAUUCCGAAAAGGGCUCCAUCGGGUGCACCCUGUGGACCCAGGUCCGAUGGCCACCGCCUUACGGUCCACCAUAGACCUCACGUGUAACGGGCACAUCUCUGUCUUUGAAUUUGACAUCUUCACUCGCCUCUUUCAGCCGUGGCCGACACUGCUGAAGAACUGGACGUACCUCGCGGUGACCCACCCUGGAUACAUGGCCUUUCUCACCUAUGACGAAGUGAAGGAGCGACUGCAGGCGUACACCGGCAAGCCUGGCAGCUACCUCUAUCCCGACGGGAAGAAUAUCAACCCGGACCUGACGGAAUUAAUGAAUGCCUCGUCUCAGAGCAGAAUCCAGGUCUCGCAAGAACAGUUUGAGCUCUACUGCCAGGUGGGCUCCACCUUCCAGCUCUGCAAGAUCUGCGCCGAGAACGACAAGGACGUCCGGAUCCAGCCUUGCGGGCACCUGCUCUGCCGCAGCUGCCUCGACGCCUGGCAGCUGUCUGAGGCGCACACCUGCCCGUUCUGCCGCCGCGAGAUCUGGGGCCACGAAGACGUCCUCAUCGACCCCUUCACCUACAAGGAGGAAAAGCCCAGCCUAGAUGAAGACGACGACGAGGGAGACCUGGAGGACGUGGAGGACGUGCUGCAGCAGCUGGCUCUCAUGCGCAAGGGGAUCGGGAUCGAGAAUCCCGUUUCCUCUCCACAUCUGGACCCGGAGCUGCAGACCCCUCCCGUACCUCCUCGUGGAAUCCGUCCGCAGCUGAAUAAGCCCCCUCCUGCCAACCCCGUGUAUCAAGCCUCCCCCUCCGCUCACCCCUGGCUGCAGCACCGCCCCUUGCCAAACAUCCCCCAGGACAGCCUACACACCUCAGUCCCCUGGGACGCCGCGGCUGCUGCCUCUCCCUUCCCUGGGGGGCUGCCAGAGCCGGAGCAGCUGAGCUGAUCGGGGGUCAAGACGGCCAUCAAGAUGGCUCCCAGGAGGGGUCGGCUGUACCGGCAUGAGGAACGCCACGCCAGCGGAGGGGCUUCCGGGCAAGAGGAUCGUUCCCCCCUCUCCUGUGACUGCUGGCACACCUGAACAGCCACGAGGACUAGAACCUUGACUCUUCUUUUUUUUGCUUGCUGUUUGUUCCUUAAAUGGAAGCGAAUUCCACAAGCCGUUCGGUGUUUACGAGCCUCCGGGCUUGCCUGAAAGUUCGUCAGCUCUAAUCCUGACCUGAUUGUCAGGGACCAAGCGGCUGCCUCUCAACCUCCGGCUUCGAACCCGCAAAAGAGAGCGAGAAUUGCCGGCGGCCCAGAAGGAAAGCAAGGCCGGGCGUGCUCUUACACUUUCGAGAACAAGUGAAGUGCUUUUUGUUUGGUACCUUGAACGGGAGAAGCUCUUCCCCCAAUCUGAUCCUGCCGCUCAGACGUCUCUGAGAAGCAAAGUGAAGGGCUGGAAAAACCUUCACAGGAACAUGGAAGAUCUUCCCCAAACGUCUCCUUCUGCUGCCGUGAGCCGGAAGGGCAAACUAAUUGCAUCAUCGUGUUACACGCUAGAUAAAUCAGCCGUGAUCCAGAUGAACUCUGUCACGCCUAGAGCGGCGGCCUGACAGACUUCCAUGUAGGGAAGCGUUUGAUCUCCCCUCGAUUUCUGACUGUAAUCCUGGAACUCAAACCUCUGCCCAUAAAAACCUCUGCCA